AUGUGCCAUGUUUUGAAAGGUUGGGAAGCAAGUCGUGAUCAAGCGCUGGCGUUUUCUGAUGAGGAGAUGGUGUUACAAAAAGCAAGAAAAGGCCCUUUGUAUGCCUGGGAAGCUUUAGUGUGUGUGUUUCUGCAAAAGUUGUCAGCGCGUUCAACACAUUCCGCAUAG